AUGCCGGUAUUACCAUGGAAUGUGGAGUUUCAGUUCCCUGUGGGCCAGCUUGCUGGCGAUGUGCUGCGGUUCGAUUCGUCCCCCGCCAGCACUGGCACGCCUGAAGGCGCCGCUUUUCCUACCCCGCUCAAAAGUCGGAACUGCAAGGCAGCUAUACUGAUAGCUGUUAUUUCAGCUCUUGUGGCCCUCAUCUUGGCAGCCUAUUUCUGUCGAUUUCGAGGAAGCCUCCGGAAGGCAAGACCUCCAGUCAUUCGCAGGCUGGCCAGCAAUGAAGACGAGGCGUGCGAAAGUCUGCUUCGGCUAGUUGCACAAACUAUCGCAGAAGAGGGUAAUCUCGCUUUGGGGGCCAAUGAAAUUUCCCAGAGCGCAAGCACUGAGAGGGGAACUGGCUCUAAAGAGAGACGGCGUAAGAUGGACAGCCAAGAUGAGUAUGCGGAGCACGCUAAGAAGGCCUUAGUUGAGAGUGCAUACAGCCAGGGCAGUGGCUCGCAGGGUAGUGUGAGCCCCUCAGUAAGUCCAUUUUUGCAGAUAUCUUCAGCCCAAGGGGAGGCUAUCGACCAGUGGGAUCUGGGGCACUCUGGAAGCUCGCACAUCCUUCAGCAGGGAUCUGAUGAGAGCGGCCUAUCGCCAACAACCAGCGGAGGUGAAAUGACGUUGUUUCAGGAGGGGUAUAGCCCAAGUCAAGAAUGGCUAAACGACUUUUUCACAGUUGACGACAACGCUCAUCAGUGGCUUCAUGACUUUCCUGUUGAUCAGGAAAGUCACGAAGUUCCCUUGGCUUCAUCGUCACGAAGCGCAGGCCGCACAGAAACCUACUUGAAUGAUGCAUCCAAGGUUGGCUCUGUAGGUGCAAUCAAUGUAGCGGACGAGCUAACCCCCAGAAGGAGUCCGAGGCCUAAUAUUCAGAGUUUGGAAGCUCCCAGCAGUACAAGCGAUCAUGCGCCGCCGCAGCCUAUUCUGGACCAUCAGGAUGUGGGGGAAUUGAUGAGUGCAUCUGGAAUGCCUGGAGGGCCAAGCAGCAGCGUGACACUCGUGCAACAAUACCAGUCUACCUUGGGGGUACACUACAUUCCAGGACAGGAGGGCAAUCUUUUGCAGGCCCUCCCAUCUACUAGUUUGUGGGCGCCUAACAUCCCUGUGUACACCCUUCUGACUUCCACAGGUGAACCGCUGCCGUCUACGAGUCAGAUCCAGGUGGUAGGGCCCUUACAGAUUCAAAUUAGCGACAACGGCACCCCGCUAGAUCAACAUCCACUCUACCGUUUGCCAAGGGCUGAUUGUACGGAAGGUCUUACUCCCUUUGACUAUAUAAGGGCUACUCUAAAUACACGUCGAACUAGGCUCCCCGAUGCGCUGACGUCAAUUCAGGAGCUGCUAAGCAGAGAACGGCUGUCGCAUGCGGAGACACAGGCAUUGAUAUUUAUGGCCGAGGAACUGGUAAAAAUUGUACACACUAUGGGCAAAUUUGCGCGUGGACUUGUUCCCCUCUGGAAAGUACGCGAGCCCAUUAUGCGCCGAUUUCUCAUAGUGGAUGCACUGUGGAGCGCUUGUGAAGUAGUUGGCCUGCCAAUGCGGAGGGACAAUUGGUGGCCUGAAUUUAUGGAUAAGGUUUUGGCAUUUCCCAGUGCUCGGAUACCCUGGAGACGAGGGGAAGGUGCAUCCUUUCCUCUUAUCCACCGGAUGGUAGAAGCGCUACAAGGGUACAGAGCGGGAAGCCGUCCUUCGGCUAGGGAUGUAAUUGAGCUCAAGAAGGAGAUCCUUUGCGCUCCGGAUGCCCCAGCUUUGUUCCGCUCAUCUUCCUUUGAUCGUCUUAGACGGCUUUGUACCUGA